UUGGGUCUUUGCAGUCAUGGAUCCAUUCUCCUUUGAUUACUCAGAACCGGGGAAUUUCACGGACCUCAACUGGACAUGCACCAGUGGAGACUGCAUCACUGUGGACACCGUCAUGUGCCCCAGCACAACGAGCCGGAAUGUCCUGUUGUACACCCUGUCCAUCUUUUACAUUUUCAUCUUCGUAGUUGGCAUGAUUGCCAACUCCGUGGUGGUGUGGGUGAAUCUCCAGGCCAAGACAACAGGUUAUGAAACUCACCUGUAUAUCUUCAAUCUGGCCGUCGCUGACCUGUGCGUGGUCGUCACCAUUCCCAUCUGGGUGGUCUCUCUGGUCCAGCACAACCAGUGGCCCAUGGGAGAGCUCACCUGUAAGAUUGCUCACCUCAUCUUUUCCAUCAACCUCUUCGGCAGUAUCUUCUUCCUGACCUGCAUGAGCGUGGACCGUUACCUGUCCGUGACCUAUUUCAGCAACACGAGUAGCCACAAGAAGAAGGUGGUGCGCCGGCUCAUCUGCAUUCUCGUGUGGCUGCUGGCCAUCUGCGUGUCCCUGCCGGACUCUUACUAUCUGAAAACCGUCACGUUGGCGGCCAACAACGAGACGUACUGCCGCUCCAUCUAUCCAGAGCACAGCAUCAAGGAGUGGCUGCUGGGCAUGGAGCUGCUCUCGGUGAUCCUCGGCUUCAUCAUCCCUUUCUCCAUCAUCGCCGUCUUCUACUUCCUGCUGGCCAGGGCAAUCACAGCCUCCGGUGACCAGGAGAAACACAGCAACCAAAAGAUCAUCUUCUCCUACGUCAUCGUUUUCCUCAUCUGCUGGCUCCCCUAUCAUGCUGUGGUGCUCCUAGACAUCUUCUCCUUCCUCCACUUCAUUCCCUUCAACUGUCAACUGGAAAACUUCCUCUAUACGGCUCUCCACGUCACCCAGUGUCUGUCCCUGGUGCAUUGCUGUGUCAAUCCCGUACUGUAUAGCUUCAUCAAUCGAAACUACCGGUACGAGCUGAUGAAAGCCUUCAUCUUCAAGUACUCGGCCAAAACAGGUCUCACCAAACUCAUCGAUGCCUCCAGAGUAUCGGAAGCAGAGUACUCUGCCUUGGAGCAGAACGCCAAGUGAGCAGGGAAGGCCAUCCCCAGUGACAUCCCUUAGAACUUCCGUGCUGGACUUUCACGGGGCACAGAGCCAAGCUAAACCAGCUUCCAGAUGGUUCCUACAUAGUCAUCUGUUUGUCUCUUCUUGGUGCCCACGUAAGUGGCCAGCCCCGACCAUGGAAAAAAAGAAAGUUUGGCCUUCGACAAAGCCUUUGGGCACUAUCGCGGACAUCGCGCUCUGCUUGAAGACACCGUGAGAGAGCGCUCCCGAGUUCCAAUGUAUAUUCUACAUGGUGUAUUGUAUUUAAGACCUAAGACUUUUUUUUUGUAAUUCUCUGGUUAUCAGUGUACCUUAAUACAUUGUAUUUGAAAGUUAAAUCUAUUUUUAUCUUUUAUUUGGAGUAUCAAAUUGACUCGUGUAUCCAGAGUGCUAGAGUUUCAGUGUUAGCAUGGCAUCGUUGUUGACUUCUAUGACUGAGGAUGACGUUCAUUGUUAGCUGGAUGGAGAAUAUAUGUAUAUAAAUAUCUAUCUAUAUAUAUGUUGGUCUGGAUUGAAAUAUUUUAUUUGCAAUAGCUUUAUAUGUGUAUGGUGGCGUACACUAGCAUGGGGCAUGAAACAUGAGCUGUUUGCUUUCACAUGUAGCCUGUGGCAUGAACAGUAUUGUAAAGUUAGGGUUAACGCAAGACCUUGGGCCAACUUGGUCACCAGAUCCCCAGCAGGAACAGAGAGGGCUUAUUACAGAGAGUUCUAUUUGUAACUUAUUUUUGAAAAUAAAGGUCUUUGUUCCAAAGGCA